GGCGGAGCUUCGUCUGCGGAGAAACAAAUCCUUUCGCUCGCAGUCGGUCGCAAUCGGUGCGAGGGGAAUUCGAGCGAUUUGGCAUUAGUGGAUGGUGGGGUGGAUAGAAUGGUAGCUGAGACGGUCGUGGAUGGGGCCGUGCACCCCCCUACCCUGUUGAAAGAGUUGAAGAAAGAGUCGGUUAAUGGGGAUGGUGGGGCAGAGGGUGCCUCGUUAAUCGAAGAUGAACAAUCUGCAGAGAAGGCCGCCAAGAAGGCACGAGAUGCUGAAAGGCGAAGACGUAGACGCAAGCAGAAAAAAAAGUCAAAGGGCGGACCUAAGGCAGAUGGUGCCGACAAUGAUAGUGAUAAGGAAGAAGAGGAUAAAGAGGACGUUGAGGCUGUUGAAAUUGAAUAUGUGUCUGAGAAGCCAGACUUUGCGGACAGUAAUGGACACUUGAACCCUCUAAUUGAAGACUUUGUUCGCGUUUUUGAGAAGUUCACAAAUGCAGAAGAAUUGUUUCCGGUCGCUAGAAAGGAAGAUGGAAUCAAGGAGGAAGCUGCUCCUGUCGAGGAGGCUAAGAAAAAAGUCGACUCGGACGACUCGGAUGAGUCUGACCAGGAUAUUAACAAGAGGAUAUCGAAUAAGAAAAAGAAGCUUCAGCGUCGUAUGAAGAUUGCAGAACUCAAACAGCAGUGCUUAAAACCGGAUGUCGUCGAGGUAUGGGAUGCGACUGCAGCUGAUCCACGGCUUCUCGUCUUUCUCAAGGCUUAUCGCAACACGGUUCCUGUACCAAGGCAUUGGUGUCAAAAGCGGAAGUUUCUACAGGGUAAGCGUGGUAUUGAAAAGCAGCCAUUCCAGCUUCCUGAUUUCAUCGCAGCAACUGGAAUUGAGAAAAUCCGACAGGCGUAUAUCGAGAAGGAGGAUAGUAAGAAGCUGAAGCAGAAGCAGAGAGAGAAGGUGCAGCCGAAGAUGGGCAAAAUGGAUAUUGACUACCAGGUUCUCCAUGACGCAUUCUUUAAGUUUCAAACGAAGCCUAAGUUGACUUCUCAUGGUGAUCUUUAUCACGAAGGGAAAGAAUUCGAGGUUAAACUUAGAGAAAUGAAGCCAGGUCACCUGUCGCAAGAGCUGAAGGAGGCGUUGGGGAUGCCCGAGGGUGCUCCCCCUCCGUGGCUUAUCAACAUGCAGAGAUACGGGCCACCCCCAUCGUACCCUCACUUGAAAAUUCCUGGUCUCAAUGCUCCGAUUCCUGAAGGAGCAUCUUUUGGAUAUCACCCCGGUGGCUGGGGAAAACCUCCUGUUGAUGAAUACGGAAGGCCACUGUAUGGAGACGUCUUUGGAGUUCAACAUCAAGAGGUGGAUCUUUAUGAGGAGGAACCCAUAGACCGUUCGAAACACUGGGGUGAUCUUGAAGAGGAAGAAGAGGAGGAGGAGGAAGAAGAGGAAGAGGAGGAGGAAGAAGAGCCUAAUGAGGACGAUCUUGAAGAUGGAAUGACAUCAGUAGAUAGCUUAUCAACGACUCCUACUGGGGUGGAGACGCCCGAUGUCAUUGACCUGCGUAAAGCACAAAGGAAGGAACCUGAAAAGCAACUCUAUCAGGUCUUGGAGGAGAAAGAAGAGCGCAUACAACCAGGGAUGCUGCUGGGAACCAGUCAUACGUACGUUCUUCCAACUGGCGGAGACAAAGCUGCUGCUAAAAAGGUGGAUUUACUUAAGAGCCAGAGAACGGACAAAGUGGAUAUUACACUUCGACCAGAGGAGCUCGAAGGUCUGGACGACGUGGCGCUGGCUGCGAAGUACGAAGAGGCUAGCCAAGAGGCAGUUCUACGAACCCAAAGGGAAGACUUUAGUGAUAUGGUUGCCGAGGCUGAGAAAAAGAGAAAGCGGAAAGCGCAAGAGAAAGAAGGAAAGACAAAGAAGCAAAAGGAUUUCAAGUUUUAGGUAUUUCCUUUUGUUAUCUGGUCGAGGAGGAAUUGCUCGAGAGGAAAGAUAAGCAGUUUGGUAACGGCGCUUUUAGUUAGGGUGAUCAUCAGCAUCGACAAUUGCUCUUCCGGGUACAACCGAAAGACUGUCACCCACGCAAGUUUCGAGGAGGUGGAGGCGCAUUGAGUGAAAGAGAAAUUUUUUGAUGGAAAGUGAUGCCACCACGAGGGUCGAUUUGCACUCUAAAAGGCCACAGAUCAAUCCCGAUAAAAGCGUCUGUUUCUAGUGUAGGGGGAAGGAGGUGUUAGCCGGGAAGCUGUCUUUGGAAGAUUUUUAUAUCAAAGUACACGCUUCGACAUGGUAUAGGUCUCCUUUGUGGCAGACGGUACCUGACGCAUCUUGAGAAGCUAGGAUGGUCAUGUGAGUGUCGAUGCGCAUGUCUUUCUCUUUUCGAGAGAUUUUGAGAUCAAUUUUUCUUUUGGUGUACCAACUGAAUUUGUAUGCUAAUGCUCAAAGGCAGAUAUUGCCGGAGCAGUGCUAGUAGCACGACGCCUGAACCUUCCGGACGUUCCUUACCCCAUGAUAUUGAAGUCCUUUGUACAAUGGAUUGGACGAAUGCCCCGGGAUGAUUGUUGAGUUAGACCAGAUUAUUACCUUCACGAGGGUCCAACCUAUCUGGUUGGAUUGUACAUUUACUUUGCGGGCGGGCGCUACUAGGUUUCAUGCGAGCUCAGGUUUUUUAUAUGUUUUUGGAACUUGCAGCAUGUGAUCAUUAGGUCAUGGAGGUAAAAUCUGGGAAGCUAUUGAUUCUCUUCUUAAGAGAUCAGUCAUCUUGUACUUUAUGAACUAGGGGCACAGAAGAUUCAAAGGAGGCCACGGAAGUAGUUCUUAAUGUCAGUCGGAGUUGAAGAGAAAAGGAUCGACUAUUUGAUCUUAAGAUGACCCCUUUUUCCAUCUUCUUAAGCUAAUUGUAUGUUUUUCCAAAGAUGUGCU